AUUCUUCUUCUUCAUAGCCGCCACACACUGUCUUUGCAUAACAACUAAACUAAAAUUCCAAACGGAAUUAAUUGAAUAAAAAUGUCGAAAGCAGCCGGUAAACUAAAAUCACUGAAAAAGAAUGUGGAACGCGUUACGCAUACAACCAAACUAAAGACAAAUAUACCCGCCGGCAUGGCAGCAGCAGGUCCACCACUGGGACCCAUGCUGGGCCAGCGCGCGAUUAAUAUUGCUGCCUUUUGCAAGGAUUUCAAUACGAAGACUGCGGAAAUGAAGGAAGGUGUACCGUUGCCUUGCCGCAUUUCCAUGAACAGCGAUCGUAGCUAUGAUCUCGCCAUCCAUCAUCCGCCGGCAACGUUUUUCUUAAAGCAGGCAGCGGGAAUUCAGCGUGGAACGAUGACACCUGGUCGUGAGGUUGCUGGCAAGAUAACGCUAAAGCAUUUGUACGAAAUUGCAGCGAUUAAGAUACAAGAUCCGCCAAAUGCCUUGCUUACAAUGCAGCAAAUGUGUGAAAUGCUCAUUGGAAUUGCACGCACUUGUGGCAUUAAAGUGGUCCGCGAUCUAGACGCCGCGGAAUACGCUCAAUUUCUGGAGGAGCGAAAGGUGAUUGUCGAGGAGCAGCGCCGUGAACUGCUAGAGAAGCGUGAAGCCAAGAUGUUGCGUACCGGUUAAAUCUUUCAAUGUGAAAACCUUUUUUAAUUGUUAAUAUACAUUUAUAACUAAGAAGACA